GUUUGGAUUUUUUUAUUCUCUCGUUGCGACAUUAAUUAUUUAUUAAUUGCUAUAUUAAUUAUUAUUGGUAUAGUUUACCUAAAUUACAGUUCAAUUAGACGCUUAUAAAUAAGUGUAACUGCAUUUACUGUUCAAUAAUUGUGUUGCAAUUGAGUGCAUUUGGUUUGUUUGCUCUUUGGAUUAUUUGCUUACUGCUCUGGCUAUUUUGAAUAUUAUUAUUAACAUUACAAAUAAAAUAAUUUAAAAGAAAUUAAUUUUAAAAAACUCAAACCAAUACUCACAACAAAAGCUUUAAUUAAAAAAAACAAAACCAAAACGCUCAAACGGACGCUAUAUAGUCUGCGAACACUGAAAAAGAAACACGUCAAAGAUAAAUAAACCACGGAGAAGUGACAAUCGCAAAAGUGGCGACGCUAGGGGCUCGCUUGGAAUGCGCGGGAGCGGAUCUGUUUAGCGCGCGCGCACGCCCCGAGCCAGCCGUGCCGCCCUUAGAACAGCCGGCCAUGGCGACCGAGACCGCUCGGUUGGCAGGCGGCGCGGGCGAGCAGCAGUACUCGCUGCGCUGGAACGACUUCCACUCGGCGAUGGUGUCCUCCUUCCGAAGGCUGCGCGAUGAGGAGGACUUCGUCGACGUCACGCUGGCCUGCGCCGGCGCCACCUUCACUGCGCACAAGGUGGUGCUAUCAGCCUGCAGUCCAUACUUCCGGCGACUACUGAAGGCGAACCCGUGCCAACACCCCAUUGUUAUACUGCGAGAUGUACACGACAAAGAUAUGGAAAGUUUAUUAAGGUUCAUGUACCAAGGGGAGGUGCACAUAGGGCAGGAGCAGCUGAAGGAGUUCCUCCGCGCGGCGCAACUGCUGCAAGUGCGCGGGCUGACGGACGUGCCGCCCCCUGCGCCGCUGCCUACGCUUGACCAGAAGGCUUCACCAGUAAGCUCCGCAUCUUCGUGGACGGAGACAGGCAGCGGGGGAUCCCGCGAAGGUCGGGAGCCGCAGCAGCGCGAGGGUCGCCGCACGCGCCGCCCUGACGAGGGCAACCCUUGCACUCCGCCGCCCAAGCGCGCGCGCUCUUCAGAUCUCUACCAAGCGCAGAUGAAGACCAGGUAUGGGAGGACGGAACAGCUGUUGGCAGUGCAAGGAGCGAGCCCGGAGCGGCUCGGCACCAACGGCCACGAGCUCGCAAUGUUCAGCCAAGCACUGGAAACGGCGCAGAACCCGCACCUGUCUGGCGUCUCCAAUCAUUUGUCAGGCGAUGGCGAUGAAUCCUCGUCGGACGCGGGCGCGAGUGACACAGAGGGAGAGAACAGAGCCAAGCAGGAGCCGCUGGACUACGACGACCCCUCCACCAUGGCCAACACCAACGGCGCUCUCCCUCCCAACUUCCCAGGGCUGCUCAACUUGCCAGGAUUUCCCGGCCUGCCUGGACCAUCAGGAAUACCAGAUAAUUUCGGCGGGUGUCGCAGGACGCAGGACCUGCUGCGUGUGCGCGCCACGGACCCGCGGCCGUGCCCCAAGUGCGGCAAGAUCUAUCGCUCGGCGCAUACCCUGAGAACGCAUCUUGAGGACAAGCACACUGUGUGCCCAGGAUACCGCUGUGUCCUGUGCGGUACCGUGGCCAAGUCCCGCAACUCGCUGCACUCGCACAUGUCGCGCCAGCACCGCGGCAUCUCCACCAAGGACCUGCCCGUGCUGCAGAUGCCAACACGCUUCGACCCAGAACUCGCCAGCCAGUUACUAGCAAAAGCUGGAGUGAAGGUUUCUCCAGAACAGUUGAGAGCGCGAGCAUCCCCCACCGGCCCGCGUCGGUCGGACAUCAAGCUGGACGCCAAGUCUGCUGCCUCGGAGAAUAGUUCCCUCUGUGGUGAUAAUGACGACGACCUGAGCCAGUCCAAGUACCAGGACUCUAUACCUGUCUCUCCUCCACACAUAAACAACUUGACCAACACAACAAUCACGAAAGUGCCAGCAGUUCGAGCCGUCACUGCCAAAGCUGUCGAGAGCCUGCCGCACGGUCUGACCGGCAUGAAGCACGACGAUUACCCGCCAGGGUUCGGCGGAGGAUCAGCAAUACUGGACACCUAUUUGCAAUACAUCGGAGAGAACGUAUUUGGCAUGAAUGCUGCAAAAUUGGCACAAAUCAACGCAAUGCAUAUGGACAGGAAAACUUACGAUGAACCUUCACCUCAAAUGGGAUCUCUUCCGCCGCCACCUACGACGUUAGCCCACCAGCGUUUCUUGAAACAAAUGCAAAGGCAGUACACCGAGAAUAUGGGGAAGCCUGAUAUCAUGCGCGAUUCAGACGAACCGUUAGAUUUGGGCAAAGAGAGACAGAGAAACGACGGCAUGAGUGACGUGGAAACGGAUAAACAAGAUAUGCUAGACAAGGAUAUGAAUAAAGAUUAUUACAAGGGGUACAAUGACGACGACAGGAACAGAGGGAAUUGUGACCAAGAUCUCGACAACAGUGGACAAGACGACGGGGACUAUUCAGAGGACGAACACAACAAGACUGCGUCGUCAUGAAAUGAUGUUGUGAAUUAGUAUUCGAGUGGAACUGUUACGUUUUGUUGAUGGUUUUUGAAAAGGUGCUUGAGUGUUUUGUUACGUCAUUAGCUGAUUCAUUUUAAUAACGGUUUUAUUGUUGACCCGUGGAAUGUCGUUGGUGCCAUUAACCGAUAUAUUGUACAUUUUUAAGGACUGUGUCGAUUUUUUGCGGUCGCUGCUUAGUUCCAACCGGAACUACGGAGAGUUGGCGUUUACUAGGGUCCUUUAGCAGGAGUUCCCGAGACGCUACCACCGCUAGCUCGACCUGCGCACACGUAGCCACACCGACUCGUCACUUGUGAGAUUGUUUAGAUGUAAAAUAACUAGUGAGUAGUAAGUUUAAUCGUAUGUGUAAGGUCCCUGACACAAUGUAGGGCCACUUACAUAGUAAUUCCAUCCAACUACCUCAACAUUCGGGCCAAUAAGGCGACAUUAUAUAAAAAAAAAUCCACACAAAUUGUGAAAUUCCAUCCAUCUACCUCACUUCAAUAGAUUUUAUUUAAUAUUUUAUACAAUUUAUAGAUAUAAUAACUGUUGUUUUAUGCAUUUUGCAGAUUGCAUUUAUAUAUACUAUAUAGAGUAUAUCGUAGGUAAAAUAUUACGCAAGUCAUUAGGUGGUUGUUAGCGCUGCCCGUAGUUAAUAUAUCUCUACCAUUUUAUUUUUUAUAGAGAAACGCACUCACUAGAGAAAUGUUAGACUGUCACGGCCGUAGCGAGUAACAUAUUACCUUUAUAUCGAAUGAGUAUGCACCUAUACAUAUAUUUAGGAGAAAACAAAAUAUCUUUGUAUACGAACAAAUAUAACAGAGCUUAACAUUAUAAAUAUUUAUCGAUGUGCGUUCGACGAAUCGCUGAUUUUAUAUGCCGUAUUGAAGAGACGGUGUUGCCAUACGAGUCUUUUAGACUUCAACAUCUACUGCCUUGAGACUGAAUAUUUUCCAAGGAUAAGUAUUUUCAUAUAACUGUGUAUUCUCGAGCGAUUCUCAAUUGAAUUAUGGAAAAAAAAGUUCAAAUUCGACGUAAAAGUGAUCGCAUUGACGCGUUGUAUAUAAUGUUGUGGUGAUAUAUGAAAGUACAUAAAUAAUAAACAGAUAGAAACAAAAAGCAAUAAAUAAAGUAUACCUUGAUGUUGCCUUCGAUACGUGUAAAUAAGUGGGUAGUUUACGGAUUGUGUUUGUUGGUUCGCGGGCAGGUGUCAUAGACGAUACCAUAGAUUUAUAUCGUUAGAUAUGCCAUCGCUAAAAAAAUACACAAAACGUUUCACUCAAAAAACAUCUUAAAAUCCGUCUGAGCCGCGCAGUCGAGGACUCAAUUAAGCGAUUUACAUAUGUUUAUUUUAUGUAUAAAAUCGCGUUUCCUAAGUAAAGUAAUGUAAACACCCACAUAAACUUAAAAGCUUACAUUAUCAUAUUUAUAUAUAAGAUAUAUUGCUGAAAUGUAAUAUAUUGUACAUUAUACAGGUUAUAAUGGAAAAAAUACAAAACGAGCUAUAUUACAUCCAAUCUGAUCCGCAUUUAUAUAAACGACAAAACGGAAGUCACAUACUGUGAAGUUAUAGUUUUGACAAUUUUUUCACGGACAUAUAAGAAAUCAAUACGGGUCUUCGGCGUCAGGGCAUAUCUACGAUUAAAGUCUAUGGUCGAUACUCGAUAGGUACAAUACUGAGAGGAGGAGUAUAUUCUUUAGUAAUGAUGUGGGCUCGUUACUUGAAUAACAAUUACUGUGAUUACAAUCUCAUAUUAGCCUUCGAUAAUUAUACAUAUUUUUUAGAGUACAAUGUUAUAGUUAUUUAGUAUAUCGUAAGAUUAUUAUGUAAGCGAGUCACAAAAAAAUAUUUACUUCCCCAAACGUUAGGAUUCACUUUAUUUAAGAAUUUAGAGCAAUACGUGAAGCAUUUAACCUUUUAUAUGUGAGAUAAAUGGGAGUUUUUGUUUUUAUCGGCUUGCCACAUCGUAGCUGUCAGAUUGACAGCGCGAACUAACUCCACCAGUAGUGUAUGUUUUUUUAUGUCAAGUAAACUAAUAUAACCCUGAACAGUAAUCAAUGCGGUUUUUAUGUCUAAUAUUAUAUUGAAUUGACAGAUGUUAGCCAUCCACCUUCCUAUUUCCUAAUAAUAUGAUAUGUUUACUUGAAAAUUUACAUUCAAAAACUGUAUUACGAAACGUUGAUAUUUAUUAUUACUUGAUUAAAAAAAAUCAAGAAUUGUGUAAAUCGUGUUUGUGAAAUCAUAUGGUUCGUAACACAACUCUGGUGGGGAUAGUGACAAGUACGCAUAACACAAAUAGAAUAAGUGCUACGGGUUGAUUGAUUAUUAUUUUAAGUAAGUUAGUGAGAUUUGACGCGUUGCGUCAGUUUGGUUUGCGUAAACAAUACAGUGCGUUCAGCGCAACUCUAGAACUGCAACACCGUUCACGAUAUGGGACGGUGAUCUUCUAGUGCAGCGAUGCAGAGGCAGUUGUUGGGUUAUGCUGGCUCACAGUAACCUUGUUGACAGUUAACGGUGUUGCCAUAGUAAGUAAUUAUUAUUUUUGAAUGUAAAUAAGUUUUGAUUGUUUAGAAGAGAGAUGUGUGCUUAUUUUUGUCAUUACGUUAUAGAAGAUUGGACUUGUUUAUUUAGAUUAUACGCAGAUACAUAGACGUUGAAGCACGGUACACUUUACAAUAGUCAGUUACCAGAAUGUGAUUAACAAAUAUAUAUUUUUUCAGAACACAGUUUUGCAUACCACAAGUUAAAUAUAGAUGGCGGUAGUGAAAUUACAUCGGUUAUACUUUUUCCAAUUUAUAAUUAAUUUUUUUAACUUAAUAAAUCUAUACAGAACUUCAAACUCAAUUAUAGCAUGACAUUUAAAUAACAGUUACAAAGAUUUAACAAAAAACAAUGUUGGAUUUGUCGUAAGGAACAGUAUUGAGAUUGUAGGCUGCUUAUUUCUAAAUAGUCUAAUUAUAAUUAAUAGCAACUUAUGACGAAAAUUAAUGCCUUUUCGUUUAACUUUAUAAAGUAACCUUCGAUGUAACUUCAAGUACCGCUGUAUUCGUUGUUGAUUAUACUAUAAUUAUAUACCAGUGGAGAUACUAUGAUAAUUAGGGCUUUAAGUCGAUCAUUAUGCUCUUAGUAUUGUGUAUAAAGUAUGUUUAGUUACCUAAUAGAACUUUGAAAGUUCAAUAAAUGCCUAUCAAAUCUUUUGUAUGUUAAAUUUUAACUGACCUAAAUUGCUGAACUGGCAAUUUUCGUUCCACUAUAAAUUAGAAUACACACUACUCUACUAUUUACAUAUGUCAUUACAUAUAUGAAAGUUCAGAAGUGGGAUAACAAUUUUUAAUUCUGUAUCAAAUUACUGAAAAUUCAUUUAGUAUGAAUUGUAGUUAUAACAAAUACUGUUUUAAAAUAUGAUGUGACGAAAUUGUUAGGUAAAUUUUAGAAACUAUCUGUAAUAAUACUGGUAUAGGUUUCUUCUCUUUGGGAACAGGUUUUUUUAAUAAAACAUUGUUAGUUUCAUGAUGUAGAAAUACAAAUGCACAUAAAGUGCGCAAGGAAAUAACAAAUUUUAUUUACAGUGUUAAGAAUCACAAUCAGCAUGAUAAGAGUAAAUCUUUUAUCAUUUAAAUUGUAUCACAUCAUAACAAAAAACAUUUCCAUCCUUUCCAAAGUAUUCUCUUUAGAAAGGGACGACUACUUAACAUUUCAACUUAGUUUAGUCAAAUUUUAAUAUAUAAAAGAGUUGGUAGCAUUAGCAUUUUUUUGUUUAUAUUAGUCCCCCGACUAUACCUCAUUAGUCCGCGUAAGACUCAUUAUUUUUCGUAAUUAUUAUUAAGCCAAGUUAUUAAUAAUUACAAUUAUUAUUAUUUUUUAUUUUUUUCUCGACAGAAGAGUAAUGAUUAUUUUUUUCUAUUAUACAAUCAUGUAUCACAACGGAAGCACAAAAAAUCAAGAAGUUUUGAUAGUUUUCUCAAUUAGUUCUUAGUUUAUUCUAGAUAUAUCAUUUCAAAACUACUCAAUAUGCAGGUUGUUAUUGCUUUUUGUAGCAUGUUCAAGUGAAUGUUGUCAGAUAUCCUAAAACGCACUCAAUUAUGUCAAAGAAUAUUUACCGGUUUCCUUAUUAAAAAUAUACAUAAAUAAUAAAUAUAUUAUUUAAAACGUGUAACUUUUAUUUAUUUUUGUAAGAAUUGUUAACAAUCUUAUAAUUAAUCCAGUCUAGUUGAAAGUGAGGUGUGAGCUAUAUUAUUUUUAAAGAAAUUACCGUGUCCUAAUCUGAAUUGUCCAUGUCACUGCUAUCUUACAACCACUUCUGUCAUUUGCGACAUUGCAGCUUCAUACAUGAACUGACAGUUUGUUUUACACGCAACUUUUAGAUGAAUUGUAUUGAAGUUUUAAUGUCAUAGAUAAAUAAGUGAUAGUUAUGCGAUCUGAAACACCGCAGCUAGACUGGGCGCAUUAUAAAAUAUAUGCAAUCAGUGUUGCCUGUUAUCACUUCCAAAAACUACUAAAAUGGUAGAAAAUUAUCCUCUGUUGGUGAACUUUUUAAAAAUAAGAAAAGGAUUUAUUUUAUAAAUUGAAAAAUCAACGCCUCUGCCAUUUGUACAUUAGUGUACUAGAUGUAUACUGCUUCACUACAUUAUGAUAAACAAGAUAAUAAAAAUAAUUGUUUUGAAAGUU